AUGUCUGAUGUCACACCAGAUGAAUCAGGCUUUGGCAUCUUCCCAUAUCACUUUCUUUUCAGGUACCUCUUCAUCUUACAAGUGGUACGGCUGGUGCUAACUUACAACUUUUCUAACUGUAACUUCGAGGAGAUUCUGGAAAUAUAUCGUGCAACAAUUUUUCAUGACCUGGUUGGAGAUUUGAAUGAGAUCGUGACCAAGUUCGACCAAAUGGAGGACUGUGACAUCAAGCCAGAUUGUCUUCUGAAAAUCGAAUACCAUACUCUCAAUCCUAUCCCUGGCUGCCCAUCACUCCCCGAGAAAGCAUUCGCCUUGAAAACGAAAGAGGCCCUCAUUCACCACUGCCCAGGCUACUCUGAAACUGAGAGAAACAGUACUCAGGAAAUGACACAAGAAGUCAAAAUCGUCUGCCUGAAUCAAACCUCACAAAUUCUAGGAUUGUGGCUGUCCUUCAAUCAAUCUCCAUGA